AUGAAAGAUGUGAUGAGUCGGGAUCGGAAAUCAAAAAAAAAGGUGAAUGAACGUGAUCAGUUAUCAACUUCUGCUCAUCGUGAUUUCGAUUCAGCAUUUUCACUUUCUCCUGCAGUUACUGAAGUUUCAAAUGAAUGUUGCAGUAGCCAGCUUGAAGAUAUGUCUCACAAUGAACCUACUAUUAAGCAACUUAAUCAUACUUAUGUAAAUAUAUGGAGUAAUGAGAGUACGCAGUUUGAAGAUGUAACACAAACUGAAAAAACUUUACCUGCAACAAUUAGCAUUACUAAUGUUUGA